GUGUAUGUACGUGUGUAAAACUCUAGUGCACUGAUUGUGGCCUAAAUAAUGGAUGUGGGUGCAGUCAGUCAGAGCGUAUGCUGUUAUCUGAUAUGUGAACAGACUGGCAGCAUGUCUACAGACUGUGUGAGGUCAUUCUCAGAGACAGCCGAGCAAAGACUCACCACGCCGGAGCGUCCAUAUGAGGACACGACGAUGGACAGACAGAAACACAGCACAGAGGACAAUCAGCAGGAUGGACCUGGACAAAAGAAGCCUCGAAGGAAAGACACGCCUGUUCUCCACUCCCCCCCUCUCAUACCAGGAGUAAGAUUAAUGAAAGGAGAACCACGUCUGAUCCACUUAGAAGAUGAAGAAAAAGAAACAAAGAAAUAGACGUAUUUUUGGACACCACAUAUUCCGUUUGACUUCUCUGUGUGUGUUUCUGUCUGUUAAAGCUAUUUCUGUUCUUAAUUUCCCUGCGUCAGAGAUUUACAAAUAAACAU